AUGUCACGUAAUAAACAAGUUCUAGAGGCAUUUGAAUCUUUCAGGCAGAAGCACAGUAAGCAGAAUAGGGAGAUAAUAGUGAACAAUACCCUGCUAAAUAUUAGAAAUCAGCAGCUACAACAGGAUUUGGCUAGGCUUUGGGAUGAAAAUACCCAGCUGAGGCUACAGCUAUCGCAGUCGAAUCACCAGCUAAAUACACGGCAUAAUAAGGUUAUCGAUAAAGUUGUCGAUCAGCUCAAUUCUUUGAAGGGCGACUACAAACAACCAUCUUCAGCACCUAAAACUUCUUCUUAUCCAAUUCAAAGACGCGUUUUAGCUGCUCCUCCAGAGCUGGAUAGCAUUCAAGAGAACUUAGGUUCUUCUUCUUCAUCCUCUUCUUCUGACAAUGAAAUAACCUCUCAAGACGCUAAAGAGGCUGCACACUCAAGACUCAUCUCAAGAAGACGUCUCUCUCGCAACUCCCUCUCUCAACCCAGACAAUCACCUAGAAUCCCCAAUUCACGCAAAAAAGACGAUUCUGACUUCGAACUGGACGAUAAUAAGCCUGAACCAGCCACAAAAGCAAGGAGGAACAAACGGCGACACUCAGAAGAUGGUACUAGUCCAAGCCCACAACCAUACGGUGGGAAAAAGAGACCGAAACCACGCAAAUCAAACACAAACAAAUCCCCUGAUAAGCCUGAAGCAAGUACUUCAGAAGCGGUGAAAGAACCAAAAGAGGUAGAACCCCCUGUGGCACUCCCUGUAGACCCCCCUGUAGAGCUUCUUGCACAACCCCCUGCACAACCUGCACGGCCAAAACGCGGAAGACCAAAAAAAAACACAAUCACCACAAAUGUCCAACCAGCCACCGAGACUUUGAGAAUUAGAAUACAGAGGACGCCUGAGGAGGGUUUGGAGGACCCACAAGAAGCGCAAAAGGUACAAAAAGCACAAGAGACGCAAAAGGCACAAAAAGCACAAGAGGCGCAAAAGGCACAAAAAGCACAAGAGGCGCAAAAAGCACAAGAGACACAAGACAUACAAGACACACACUCAGAUACAGACAUGUCCGAGCCUGAGAAUAUCAAUGUCAAUACUUACGACGACAAAUAUACGUACCCAGCACACCGCCAUCUAACGUCAACAUCGAGAUCACCCAGCGUAGACACAGACACAGAGGGCAGACCAUCGCGUCGAGUACGCAAGUCUGUCAACUACGCUCUCCCGAAUUUGCGCGAUAAGAUGCGUAAACCCGAAUCAGAGGGAAGUGUGAGUGAGCUGGGGCGGUUGCUAGAAGAAGAAGAAUUGUAA